UCGGAAAGCUUAGGCCCGGGACGCUGCCGAGAAUGUUUGGUUCCGUGGCGGCCGGAAUCUCGCCCGUCUCCAACGAAAUUUCUGGAAUUCUCGCCUAUUGUGCGGGUCUUGGGAGAGAGAAUCGCCCCGUUCUUUCGAGGGGGCGCCGUCGGUGGCCGGCGGCCGGAUCCGAUAAGAGAAUUGUCUGGUGGAAUUCGUCCCCCGCCCCCGGUAUCGGCAGAGUAAACAAUUAAGUCUAAUCGUUGCCGGGUAAACACGUCUGGCGGCCGGUCCCGGGCUUCCGACCCCGCUCUCCGCUCCGCCGCCGGCCUCGGGCCCGCCGCCGCCGUUUCAUCGGCGGGCCGAAGGAGGAAGGGUGUUUUUCCCUUCCGCCGCCCGCGGGCGGGUUUCCGCUUCCGAUCGCCGUCUCCCCAGUUGUUUGUCGACCUCGUCCUCGUCAGACUUGGGUCACCUCGGUGGGUUGUUAUGUUAUCUGAUGUUUACCGUCGUCGGGGGGACCCGGCGCGCCCCCCGUAACCGCCCCCGGUCUUUAGUACCGGGCGAGGAUCCGGACCAGGUGCGCGGUGUGUCGACCCGGUGACCCCGAGGCCCAUAUUUUCUUCCUCGCCCCACCCAGGGGACGGAGGCCCGCGCCCCGGAGACCGGGCCACUCUCUCUCUGGACUCCGGUGAGUGUUCUUCUCUCCUUCGACCCCCGCACCUCCGGCGGAGGAAUUCGCGCCCCGGGCUCUUAUCGCCCGUCCGAAGGUCGACCCCACCGCCGCUCGCCCGGCGAUUUCGUCACUUGUUUCUCGCCGCAAACCGCGGAGUCAUCCGAUUCGUGUCGAAGGCCGGAGGCUGAGAGCGGCUGUUGACCGAUGAUGAACGAAGACGAUGGACCUGGCAACGGCACGAAGGCGGCGGCCUCUCCGAUCACCGACAACGGCGACGCCGCCAACGGCAGCAGCAACGACAGCGCCUCCCCGUCGCACCGGGUGCCGUUGCCGGGUAACAAGCGGGUACAGGUGACGGGUGCAAUUCUCGGACCGGAAGCAGUUGCGAGCAAAACCAUGACGGGUGAACUACAGACGGGUCUUGCCAUCGGCGGCACCUUCGGUCCCCCGGUGUCGGGGAGCGGAGAAACCAAUAGUACAAAUCUGGACGACGGAGUGAGUACCAGUUCCUGCAACAACGGCAACGGCGGCGAGAGCAAAAGCGAGGCCAAGGCGAAGAAGCAACAGGGUCAACCAUCGAGGGACAAGAUGUUCGUCUGCAAUGUGUGCAAUCGGUGUUUCGGGUACAAGCACGUUCUACAAAACCACGAACGUACGCACACGGGCGAGAAGCCUUUCGAAUGUCCGGAGUGCCACAAGAGGUUCACGCGCGACCACCACCUCAAGACGCACAUGAGACUCCACACGGGCGAGAAACCGUACGUCUGCGGCGCCUGCAAGAGACGCUUCGUCCAGGUGGCCAACUUGCGACGACACGUCCGAGUCCACACGGGAGAGAAGCCGUACGAGUGCAAGCUGUGUCCGUCCCGCUUCUCCGACAGCAACCAACUCAAAGCUCACAUGCUGAUCCACAAGGGGGAGAAGCCCUUCGAGUGUUCCAAGUGCCUGGGCAGAUUCCGCAGGAGACACCACCUGAUGCACCACAAGUGUCCCAGGGACGAGGCCAACAUGGGCAAGCCGAGAAGGGGACGUCGACCCAAGGCCUACGACCGCCUGGACCAGCUUUCCUUCGGCGGGGCGGCCGCCCCCGGGGCCCGCCAGGCCGCGGCGGCGGAGGAGGAAGAAGAGGACAAGCCGCCCUCGGCCGAGCCGGAAGAGCCCUCGGAACCGGCGGCGCCCGCGGGCAAGAAGUCGCGCAGGAAGCCCAGCCACACCAUACGUAUCCUGACACCCCAGCAGCGAGAACUGUUUCUCCGCGACAAGGAGACCAUGCAGACGCAGGCCCUGGACAUGACCAAGCCCUCCUCCCCCGAGGGCCCUCCGGCGGCGCCCCGAACCUCCCGCUCGUCGUCCACCUUCGUGGACGGCGUCCUCGACCUCUCCAACUCCAGGAGCGACUCGGACGUGCAGGACGACGACUUGGUCCCCCGCAAGCUGUCCAGACUAAAGGCCGCUUCCGGCAACAAGUGGGACGACAGCACCGACGAGUCCGAUCCGCCCGAACGUUUCCACGGCAACGGAGACGGACUGGACAGCGACGAGGACGGCCGAGACGGCAACGACAACGGAGCCUACGUUCCUUAGGCGCAUCUAGUUCGUUCCUCUAUUCAGGGAUAUACCACUUUGACCUCAGAGUUCGGUUAUAUAGUUGUAAGCUUAUCGAAACUACCUCAGCAAUUAUUCGGUGAUCGAUACACUAGCAAGAAAAGUCGCAAGACCGCGGCCCCCUUGAGGGGGUCGUCGCGCGGGCGCGGAUCCGCCGCCUCCCUCCUCCUUUUCGCCCGCUCCUCUCGCUCUCUCUCCCCCCCCCCGUCGUUCCUCGUCCCCCAAAGGCGGCGCCGGAUCCCCGCCCGCGGCCUGGCCCG